GUGAACAUUUCCUGUUUCAGUGAGGUGCUUCACAAAGUGAGCUCUGUUUCUGCAGCCUUUGAAAAGCAGGAGAGCAUUUUGUCAUUUCCAUCUUUCAUUGUUACUGGUCCUGGUUUGUACCAUUUUGCUGAUCCACCUUUACCUGAAGGGCACUGCUGGGCUGUAGGUUGGGAAUCCAAGUGGACAGUGUCACAGGCCCUGGCAUUAGUGGAACCUGCAGCCAAUGGAUGAACAGGACAAUGAUUUCAAAGAGCUGUGGGCAAAUCUUUUGGGCAGAGCCAAGAAAAGAGCUGGGGAUGCUGAGGCAGCAAAGAGGGCUCAGGGCAGGCCAAAGAGCACUGCAGCAAGGAGCAAAGUGAGAAGAGGCAAAGCUGCUGCUAAGAGCCAAACCCAUCACUUACCAACAAAUUCCAUUCAAGACUUGGGCCCAAAGGAACAAACACUGGUGCACAAAGAAGAUGGUGACACUGUGGCCUGUGGUAGUGGUGAGACCACACAAGGGGAUGGAAGGAGGAGCCCUUUCCCAGGCAGCCAGCUGAGUGCAGUGCUCAGUGAGUGCAGCCAGAGGACUCUGACAGUCAGCACCCUGAAUGGCACUUCCCAGACCACCUUAUCCUUCCAGCCAGGGCCCUGCUCCUCACCCCCCUCCAAGGCAGCAGCACCCAGGGGCUCAAAGGUGCGGGUGGCAGAGCUGGUGGUGGAGAGAAUGCAGCAGUUCAAGAGAGUGGCCCCUGAGCAGCUGAAACACAGCACAGAUGAUGGUUUGCCAGAGCCUGAAGCCCACAGGGAUUUCCCUGACAGAAGGCAGGAGCAGAGCCCACCAGAGGAUGAUCCCCCCCAUCUUCCCUCCCUGGAGCAUGACAGUGCUCUGGCUCUGGCUCUUCAGCAGGAAACCAAAGUGGAAGCCCUGGCAAGCCUGGAGGAUGCAGGGUUGUUUUUUUGUCAGAUCUGCCAGAAGGAUCUCUCAGCCAUGAACACAACACGACGGGAGCAGCAUGUGAACAGGUGUCUGGAUGAGAUGGAAGAAGCACAGACCUCUUCCUCCAGCAAACCCCAGGUCCCUGAGUGUCCCAUCUGUGGGAAGCAGUUCCAGACCCCCCAGAGCCGGGCCGGUCACUUGAAGCGCUGUGCUGUGGAGAUGGAAGUUCCCCCUAAGCUGCUCCUUCAGGCAGUGCAGUUGCAGGUGUCCUCACUUGGUGAUGCACCUCUCCAGUGUCCCAGCAAGCAGCCGAGCAGGUCAAAGAGAAAAGGCUCCUCCAAAGAGAACUCAAAGCACAUGCAGAAAAGGGCCAAAAUGGAGACUAAGGAUGAGGAUUUGCUGGUUGCUAUGGCGAUGUCACGCUCUCUGUUGGAGCAAGAAAAGCAGGAACCAGCAAAAUCAGUUACAAAUGUGAAACCAGUGGCUGCUUUGCCAAUCAAAUGGAAGCCAGGAUCAGAGAAAAAGCAGCGUAAACGAGGCCCAGCUGCCCCUCCACCCCUGCUGCUUCAGGACCCAGAGAAGGCCCUCAAAAGGAUCCAAGAGCGAGUAGCCAUGCUGCUGGCAGAAGAGGUGGAAUUCCCUCCCACCCCUCAGCUUCCCACGAGUAAAAUUUUGGAGGAUGAAUCUGGGAAAGCAUCCUGGCUCUUGCCAUUGCCCAAAACCAAAGAGUGCUUUUUAUGGAAUAUCAGUGCUCUGACAGGACCCUGUGACCCUGAAUCAUUCUACAUUGCAGGAUUAACCCCUCCAAUUGUGCCUUGGAAGCCUGUGCAGAUUCACAAGCCAGAGACUCUUCUGUCACCAGUGGGAUCUGAGCAGCUCAAAGUAUCCCAGCAAAUUCAGCCUGACCUCAGUUCUCAUGAGCCCACUAACAUGGAGGUUGGAGGCCAAACCUCUGAUGAGUUCAGGUCAGGCCAUGAAGAUGGAAAGUUUUUAUCUCCCAGUCAGAAGGAUGCUCAGACCCUGCAGGACCUGGUGGAGCUGGCCAAGGAAGGACUUACCCUCACUCAGUGGAACCUUGAUGCUGAGCAGGUUCAGGCAGUGGAGCAGGCAGGAAAAGAGCUGCCUGCCAGUGAGACUCCACAUAGUGGCUUUGGAUCCAAAGAGAAGAACCUCCUGAGGAGCAGCAGUAAAACAUCCUCUCUCAGGUUGCUGGCUGAAGAUUUCAGUGCCAUGGUCAACAACCCCCACUUAAGUGAUGUCCAGUUCCAGGUGGACUCUGGGGAAGUCCUUUAUUCCCACAUGUUUGUGUUGUAUGCACGGUGCCCACAGGCUGCUCAGGCUGUUCACAGCCAAGGGAUCUUGGUGCAGGAGGAUGGGAACCCCCAGACACGGCGUCUGCUGCUGAGUGAGGUGGGGGGAGAGGCUGUGUGUGCCUUCCUGCAGUACCUGUACUCUGCUGACACUGACAUCCCUGCUGGGCUGCUGCCCCAGGUGGGGGCUCUGGCUGCCAGGUUUGGUGUGAGGGAACUGAUGGCAAAGUGUGAAAACAAGGCUGGAGAGAGUCAGGUGUCUUCUGGAGCAGAUUCAGAAGAUGAUAUUAUCUCUGUGACAGAUGAUAAAGAUUGUGAGGACAGAACUGAGAACUUCCAAGACCUCCUGAAGUCAGUGUGGGUGGGUGAGGAGGAGGAAGAGGUGGCUAUGCUGAGCCCUGAAUGCCAGAAUGAAGAUGACAGUGGGGUGGGUGAACAGGAGCUGGAGGAAAUCUAUGAGUUUGCUGCAACCCAGAGGAAGAUGAUUCAAGGUGAAAUAGAGGUGAGCAAGGGAACAGACUGCAGCAGCUGCAGCAAUGCUGAGGCAGCCCCAGGUACCAACCUGCAGCCUGAGGAGGAAGAGGUAAAGAGGUCUGGAUCUGCUUCAGUAAGCAACAGCUUCAAAGAUUUGAGGGGCGACAGCGAUGGGGAGAGAUCAAAAUGUGACUUGUCUGCACAUGAGGAAAUGCAGAAUAUAAAUAGGUGCAGGAACAUGAAUGCUCUGCAGAGUGCAGAGCACCAAAAAUGGGACACAGCUGAUGAAGGAGAGACCAUUCAGAGAUGUGAGAGUGGGAAGGAUUCCAAGUCAUCUCAGCUCCCUGGAGAUGGGGCAGAUCACUGUGAUAAACAGUUUCCUGUCAUCCAGGGUGACAGUAACAGCCAUGGAAGUUACCACCACUUGUUUUCUGCAGCUCAGGGAGAGCCCUGUGAGCUUUCCCCAUUGAAAGAAAGUACCAGAGAACCUGGAGAGGCUCCUGGUGAAAAACAUGUUAAUGUUAAUGAUUCCUUUCUGUGCAGCAAGGCACAGAAACACCUGUCUCCUCCACAUAGCAAUGGUUUUUACUGGAGUCCUCCUCCCAAACCUCAUGUGCCCCUUUUUCCUGAUGUUGGCUCAUCACCUGCAUCUCCAGAAUCAGAGAGAAAGAGUACCAGAGAAGUGUCAACACCAAAGCAAAAGAGAAGGGAAAGGUCAUUGCCAUCUGAUGAAAUGCUCUUUCAGAAAGCUGGGGAGCUGGACACUGCAUCAAGAAAUGGCAAGGCAGUUCCUCCAGUGGCCCCUCCUGAUGCUGAUUUAAACAAGCAUCUGUAUGUCCCAGCAUUGUCAUCACCAGUCACCAGAACUCAGGAUGCUGCAGCUCAGGAGAACCAGGAGGGUGAUUUUAUUGUUUUAUCUUCUGAUGAUGAAAUGGAGUUACAAGAGAAGGAGUCACCAGAGUCAGGCUCUGUUCUGAAGGCACCAGAAAUCUGUGGGCAGCUGAAAUGUGCAAACAUAGAACAAGGUCCUGAGGUACCAAAACCUGAACCCAAUUCCUCAGUCACUGAAACAGAGCAGAGAUCUGUGCAGGUCUCAUGUGGCAUGACAGAUGCAGUGCACAUCAGUCCUGAUGUUGAGAUGUCCACUGAAUUGCCUCUGAGCAGACAAACAGAUGCUUGUGUGGGGAGCAAAUGGAGUCCAAACCUGAGCCCUGACAAAAGGCUUGGUCAUGAAAUGUCUUCAGGUACAGACAGCUCCUGGCUCGUGCCAGGCACUCCAGUUCUGAGCAAGGGCAGAAGUUUCUCCACACAGACUGAGGUCACAAGUAUUGAUUCUUUAAAGAGUAUAGGAUCUAAACUCAGCUCACAGAGCUUAGCAGCAGGUAAUAGUAACCAUGAAAUGGCUGGAAAUUUAGUGAAAGUUUGUGAAAACACAUUGUCAGACAAAGCUGUGCCUAUGGAGACCUCAGUCAAUGAAGGGAGCCCUCCCAGCAGCCCAGCACCUGGAGCUUUGUCCAAGAGCUCCCCCCCAGUUCCUCCAGUGGAUGAACCUCUCUCCCCUGACCACACCAACAUAAAAAGCAGAUGUGGCAAGGUCUCACUUUUAUCCCAACCUGUGCCCUCAUGCCAUGAACAACCACUGGAGGAUAAAACAAAUAUCAGUGUGGUUGAGAUAGGGGACAGUGAGAAGGAAAUCAGUCUGCCUUCUGUGAGUAGCAGUGUCCUGCUUUGUGAUGACCCCCCAGGCCCUGCUGAUGACUGCUGGCACAUUGAGUGUCUGUCACCAGUCAGAGGUGACAACCAGGGCUCCUUCUGUGUCAGCCAUGCAGAGACCAGCACCACCAGCACACCCAAACUGGACCUGAGCCCAGUCCAGCUGCAGGAAAUUCGGGGCAGCACCCCUCUCCAGGGGAGCCCUCUGAGCAGGAGAAGAGCUGUGAGUCCUGUUGAGGCCUGUCCAUCAGGGAGCAGUAAACCAAGUUACCUGAACUCCAAACUCUGGGAUGACUGGAAUGGAGAAGAGGUGGAAGAUGAAUUCCCAGAGAUGCUUCCUCUGUCCCAGAGGCCAUCAGCUGCAGCAGGUGCCUCUCAGCCACAUCUUGUGAAGACUCCUGAAGCCUCCUGUCAGGAGGAUGGGAAGCCUCCCCACACUCCCAUGACACCAAUGCCAGCUUAUUCCAUCAUGGAGACCCCACAGCUGAAGAAGGAGCUGCGCAGGUUUGGUGUUCGUGCUCUCCCCAAACGCCAGAUGGUGCUGAAGCUGAAGGAGAUAUUCCAGUACACUCACCAGGACGUGGACUCUGACUUUGAGGAUGAAAUCCCAUCUUCCCAGCCUGCCUCCCAGAAGGCUCUGCCCAAACACUCCAGGCAGUCCAAGGCAGGGCAGGCUGGAGGUGGGAAGCGUGGCACUGCCUCCAGGGCUGGGGGCAGGAGGAAACAGACUGCUGCUGCUGGGCAGGCUGAUGGUCACCUCCUUGGGUCCCAUGGAGCAGGCUGUGCAGCACCCAAGAAGAGAACUAAAACAACAACCUCUCACCCAGAAGGAGCCAAAAAGCAGAAAAAGUCAUCUGUGUCUCCAGAGAGAUGUUCUCUGGCAGCUGAUGGUGAGGAACCAGAGCUCUCAGCUUCUCAGGAGUCUGCAGUUUCUUCAGAGGAUGGAAGCGACGUCUCCUUUGGUUCACAGAGUUCUUUCAUAAAUGGAUUUGAAGCCUCUGCUUUCACAUCUGAAGAGGAGGAAGAGGAGUUUCCAGCAUCUCAGGCAGCAGCACGGGAGGAAGAAAAGCUGGAGGCAGUGAGGUCCUACAUCCAGUCCAACACAGCCCUGUACCACAGAGUUCUGUUCUAUGAGCCCAUCGAGCUGGAUGACCUGCACACUGAGCUGAAACAGAAUGGCAUCAAAAUCUCCAAGGCAAAGCUGCUGGGCUUCUUAGAUGCUCACUGUAUCACAUGUACCACAGCCAGAGCUCGGAAACAGAGGGAACAGAGGAGAAAGGGGAACAAAAAAAAGAGGAGACGAUGCUGAAUGGAGCCCACUCCUCCCUCCGUCCUGAAAACCUUGUAGCCGGGGCCUUCCUGGUGACGCUGGAACCGCAUUCCGGGUUGGUGGUACCGGCGGUUCGGAUGGGUGGGUGCACUGCUCCUCCUUGUGGCCUGCUCAGAGGUGACAUGCUGGAGAGGCUGGGAACUCAGCUGCCCUUCCCAGCCCUCAGCUCCCCAUUGCACAACUCCUCCAGCUGCUGGGCUGCCUGCAGCACACAGACCCUCUGCAGCCUCUUCUUCCCCCCCAUCUUUUCCUCCUGUGCCUUUUCUUUGCGUUUUUCUAAUAGGUUUUAGGUCCCAAACUUUCCUUCCCCUUGGUACUUCCAGAGGCAGAUUCUUCCCCAGUGACUCUUGCCAGGAGCUUUUCCCUGGGCUCUGAAAUGCUUAACCCUUCAAGUUCCAGUGCUCAGGAGAGGAACUUUACUGUGAGAAACCUUCCCCCUGUGUUAAGCACUCAGUGUUUAGACCCCUGUGACUUUCAUCCUCAUUUCUUCAGCUGACAGUUACCCUGCUGGUUGUUAAGGCAGGAGCUUUGUGGAAAUACACUGCCUUUCUUCUGUCCUUGAUCCAGUUUGCUGUUACUGGUAAGACUCCUGUAUCUGUGUUCCUUAAAUGGCUGUAAAACAGCAGCUGUGAUGCUCCCCAGAGUGCCCUCUGACACCAGACAUCAUGUGAAAGCACUUUAGAGUCCAACAUCCAGUCCUGGGUGUUCCCUCGUGUGCUGGAGCUGGGUUAGAGAUCCCAUCAGCUCCAUAUUCAGAGUGCAGUGAGACCAUGUCACUGCAGCUGCAGUAUGUCCCCACCAGAGAGGUUUAUAAAACAGUGUUAGUGUGACUUCUGGAUCUCUUCAGGACUUAUUAUAACCUGAGUUAAGCCCUCAUCAGUCUCCUUUCCAAACUGGACUGAUCUAACAUUGCAAACUGUCUCAGUCUCUUGGGGGAAUCUUGGAUCCCAAAUUGUCACCUUUUGUGUGUUUGCUUUCACAUCCUCUGACUUUUAUCUGUCCUGGUAGUUCUGCAAAGAGUCUCAACAAAAUGGACACAGCACUUCAGAAAAAGAAGCCAGAUUUCUAAAUGUAUUGGGAACAUAU